AUUGAGAGCGGCCUGGUCGUCGACUGCGGCGGAGGCUGAGGUACCCGGCGGCGGCGGCGCGAGCGCCCGGCCAGGCCCGGCCCGCCCUUUGCUUCCCGUCUUCGGCUCCCCUCGACUCGGUGCUCCUCAGCCCCGCUUCAGCCCUCCCGAUCCUUCGCAUCUCGGCUUUUGCCGCUCGCCUCCACCGCCGCAAUGAUGAUGAUGGCGCUGAGCAAGACCUUCGGGCAGAAGCCCGUCAAGUUCCAGCUGGAGGACGACGGCGAGUUCUACAUGAUCGGCUCUGAGGUGGGAAACUACCUCCGUAUGUUCCGAGGUUCUCUGUACAAGAGAUACCCCUCACUCUGGAGGCGACUAGCCACUGUGGAAGAGAGGAAGAAAAUAGUUGCAUCGUCACAUGGUAAAAAAACAAAACCUAACACUAAGGAUCACGGAUACACAACUCUGGCCACUAGCGUGACUCUGUUAAAAGCCUCAGAGGUGGAAGAGAUUCUGGAUGGCAAUGACGAGAAGUACAAGGCCGUGUCCAUCAGCACGGAGCCCCCCACCUACCUCAGGGAGCAGAAAGCAAAGAGGAACAAUCAGUGGGUGCCCACCCUGCCCAAUAGCUCCCACCAUCUGGAUGCUGUACCAUGCUCCACGACCAUCAACAGGAACCGCAUGGGCCGGGACAAGAAGAGAACCUUCCCUCUCUGCUUUGAUGACCAUGACCCAGCAGUGAUCCAUGAGAAUGCAUCCCAGCCUGAGGUGCUGGUCCCCAUUAGGCUGGAUAUGGAGAUUGACGGGCAGAAGCUGAGGGAUGCCUUUACCUGGAACAUGAAUGAGAAGCUGAUGACCCCUGAGAUGUUUUCAGAAAUCCUCUGUGAUGACCUAGAUUUGAAUCCACUGACAUUUGUGCCAGCUAUUGCCUCUGCCAUCAGACAGCAGAUUGAGUCCUACCCCACGGACAGUAUCCUGGAAGACCAGUCAGACCAGCGUGUCAUCAUCAAGCUGAAUAUCCAUGUGGGGAACAUCUCCCUGGUGGACCAGUUCGAGUGGGACAUGUCAGAGAAGGAGAACUCUCCUGAGAAGUUUGCCCUGAAGCUGUGCUCGGAGCUGGGGCUAGGCGGGGAGUUUGUCACCACCAUCGCCUACAGCAUUCGGGGACAGCUGAGCUGGCAUCAGAAGACCUACGCCUUCAGUGAGAACCCCCUGCCCACGGUGGAGAUUGCCAUCCGGAACACAGGAGAUGCCGACCAGUGGUGCCCGCUGCUGGAGACCCUGACUGAUGCCGAGAUGGAAAAGAAGAUCCGUGACCAGGACAGGAACACAAGGCGUAUGAGGCGUCUUGCCAACACUGCCCCAGCCUGGUAACCAGCCCAUCAGCGCUUGGCUCCCACGGAGCGUUCAGAAGACCGGCCUGCCUCUCCAUCUUCCAGCAAAGAGGGAGGCAAGGGGGCACCCAGGGCCGUCCUGAGCAGCACGGGCACGGAGGCCUUCCAGGUCGCCCUCCCCCGGGCACACUUUCCAUUUGCUGAGCCCUAGUCCCCACCACCCCAGUCUCUGGUCAAGAAGAGGCCUCAUUUUGGGUUGUGUUUUGUUUUUGUAUAGGAGCCCCAGGCAGGGCUAGUAACACUUUUUAAAUAAAAGGCAACAGGUCAUGUUCCAUGUCUUCAAAGUGGUAGCAUAAAAAUAAGAAUGGAGGAGAGCAGGGCGCUGGUCCUGUUGGGGUGGUGUGGCCAAGGCUGGG